CUUUCUUCAGGCUUGACCUUCCCUCACCAGACCUCAUUCACUCCAAUUCUUGCCUGGACGCAACAUGGCGAAGCAGCCGCUCAAACAAGGAACUGCGUCAGCCACAUUGACUCUUUCGGCCACUUUAUCCAUGGAGGUGAGCUACACGUUCCAUUCGCAUCUGAUUGGCAGAUCGGGACAGAAUAUCAAUCGUUUGAUGGAAGAAACUGGAACACGAAUUCAUUUCCCGGAUCGCAAUCGCAUAACGGGUGAACCCAAAUGUAAUAACGUCGUCAUUCGGGGACAAUUACCUAAUCUUGAAAAAGCUCGUCAACGUAUUCGAAUGGAUAUUCCGGUCGAGAUCAUUGUCGAUUGCAGCUCAGAAAAGAUUUCAUCGUUAGGUCAAGGCCAAUUAAUCGAUUAUUUCUCCAAAAACUACGGAGUCCUGUUACGUUUUUAUCCGAAGAUUGAUGGCCUCAAUUGUCAAGUGAACAUCCGUGGUCAACAGUAUCGCAUCCAUCAUCUUAAGGAAGCCGUCACGUCGUUCGGCUGUUUAACACAAACAUCUUUGGACUCGAUGAUGAUGAAGAUUGAAACAUCGUUUGAUCACGUGUGGCUUGUUCGUGAUCACGUGGACAAAAUCGCACAUGUAACAGGUGCGGGGAUACGUUGUCCCGAUGUAUCACAUUUGAAAGAGCUACCCAAAAAAUAUUGCAUCUGGAUAAAGGGUUCUUCGUUGGAUGCCGUUUACAUUGCAAAUACAAUGUUGAACGGACUUUUGCCGAUGCAGUUGAUGGUCCAAAUUCCUUCCGAACGUAUGAAUCGUUGCUUUCUGGCCGAAGCUGAAGAAGCCGAUGUUUUGUUCCAUGCAGAACCUUCCGUUAUGGAUAUUUUGACGAUCCGACUGACUUCGUACGAAUGGAAUGCACGUAACUUAUUUGAGAUUUUAAGACGCUGUUUUGGCCUACCGACCAAUCAGGCCGUCGUGCCGAGUUUGCCACAGACCUGGAAAACGCUUGAUUUUACCCGCAAAAAUUUCCUACCAACCUCGAAGAAGUUGCUAAAGGAAUUGUCAUCAUCGCAUCAAAAUACUUUGUCCCAACAGUUCGGUGGAAUUGUAGUUGAAAUACCGUCAUUGUCCAGCGCGGAUGAAAGCGUUGGUUCUGCAUCGUUAUCGUCACCACUUGCAUGGAUAGAGUCAUGCGUUCCAGCUUCUCUGACAGCUUCACGGUUCGAUCAGAACUCAUUUCGUCGACUGUCUGAUCUGUUGGAGACCGUCGGUUUGGCUCAUUAUUCGGAUCUGUUUUUUCAAAACGAAAUCGACAUGGCGAUGUUUACUACUAUGAACGACGAAGAUUUGAUCAGUCUGGGAAUCACUUCGUUUGGAGCCCGCAAAAUUAUGAGGAAUGCUAUUCAAGAGUUACGAUCGUGAGUGCUUUCGGGUAGAUGUGAUGGAACUCGUUUCGAAAGUUAACUGACAUUCGACGUUUGAACGUGGCGGGAUUUUUUAAUUAUUACUAUUUUAACUCAGAAUGCAUAUUUUUCCUUCGUUUCUUUGUGUUUUUAUCUACUUUUCACGUGACUCAGGACUUUUU